CAUACCAGAGCAGAAAAACUCCCUCUGCAUCUCAUCCUGCAACACAGCUGAGCGAUGUAGAGAUACUUCUGCUCAAAACACCUGUUUUAGAUUCACGAGGGGAAUCUAGACUUCACCAGACUUUCUAAACUAAGAGAAGGAGCAUCGAAACAACUUUGCAAAGAUGAUUUCUGCAUGUCUGGAGAUUAUUGGACUUGGCUUGAGUGUCAUCGGGACCCUUUUGGUGAUGGUGGCUUGCGGGUUGCCCAUGUGGAAAGUGUCCGCCUUCAUCGAGGGCAACAUUGUGGUGGCGCAAACCAUCUGGGACGGGUUGUGGAUGUCCUGUGUGGUUCAGAGCACAGGUCAGAUGCAGUGCAAAAUGCACGACUCUGUCCUGGCGCUGACCACUGACCUCCAGACUGCUCGGGCUCUGACGGUCAUCUCAGCUGUCUUGGGUGUCCUGGCUCUCAUGAUAACCAUCGCCGGCGCUCAGUGCACCAACUGCAUCAGUAAAGAGUCCAUCAAAGCCAGAGUAGUCAACGUCGGAGGGGUGAUAUACAUCAUCGCGGGCUUGUUUGUGUUGGUGCCUCUGUGCUGGAUGGCCAAUAACAUCAUCUCAGAAUUCUACAACCCUCAAGUUCCUUAUUCAAAGAAGAGAGAAAUCGGAGCCGCGCUCUACAUCGGAUGGGCAGCAUCUGCCAUGCUUCUGUUCGGAGGAGCAAUUCUGUGUUUCUCACGUCCACAAGAUGAAAAAUCCUCGUAUCCCCCCAAAUAUGUCCUUCCACCUACUAAAAGUACAUCUGUCAAUGGGGACUAUGAUAAACGAAACUACGUGUGAUGACUUGUGGCUCUGCGCAUAUAUGGAUUUUUUUAAGGCUGUAAAGCUGUUCAGUAUUUGGUUUGUUCACCAAUAAUCAUUCUUGUAUGAACAUGCAGUGUGAGAAAUAUUUUUUAAGUACAAAUAUUCCAUAUUCAUUAAAGCUGCAUGUCAUGAUACAAAGAAAUGUUGAUUAAAAUAGGUUUAAAUGAAAGGACACUGUAGGACACUGUCAACAACCAUUUACAUGCAACAGGUCUUGUACCAAACAUCAACAGGUCUAGAUGCAAACAUUCAGAUAAUGGAAUAACAGAAUGUAUUAACAUGUUUGGGUAUGGUUAUCUGUCAUUUGCUCUAUUAACAAUUUGUUAUGGUAAUAAUGAAUUAGAUAUACACGGGUAUUUUUGUCUUUGUUAAUGAUAUGGGUCAACGGGCAUCGAUGUGGUUUGGGGGGUGGGGGUGGGGUUGAAGGGAGGGUCUAUAUUUCUUGUUUUUGUUCUGCUUUACGAUACUGCAGUAAUUAGACACGGCCUGUGCUUCAAUAAGACUCUGAAUAAUGCCUAUUGUUCUGCUUAUAGACUCCAGGCUCUAGCUUAAAACUCUUGAGUGAAUAUGCUCAGAUUCACUGAAAAAAAAGGUUUCAUACAAUUUUGUACAAAGUAAUAAAUAAAAAAAGUGUUUUGUUAAUAAUGUGCCCUGUUGCAUAUUUUUGCUGGUACAUGAAUGGUGCAUGCUUCAUAUCCUUGAAGUGUCUGAAGUGUACAGUUUAAUAAAAAAUAAAAAAAACUGUAGAAAUAGCAAUGUCA